GACGGCGGCGAGGGCGGCCAAUCGGCGAGCAGAGCGCCGGCAGCUGGGAAGAAUGGAGUCGCAGCUGCCGCCUCUGGAGUCGGAGCCGGGCGUGGACGAGGCCUUGGUGGCGCCGCUGCUGGAGUUGGGCAUCCCGGAGGCGGCGGCUCGGCGGGCCCUGGCGCUGACCGGAGGCCGAUCCGCCGAGGCUGCGGCCCAGCUUUACUUCAGCAGCGGCCUCGACUCCCAGGAAGAAGAUGACAUCCAAGGGAGCGGUUACUACAAAAUGGUCUUUGUGGUGAACAUGGACCUUUCCAUGGGAGCUGGAAAGAUUGCUGCACAGGUGGGACACGCAGCCAUCGGCCUGUUCCAGCUGAUGCAUGAGAAGCCUAGUCAGAGGGACAUAAUCAACCAGUGGGAUGAACAUGGUGCCAAGAAAGUUGUACUUCAGGGAACCAAUACUGACCAGUUACUGGAGCUGCACGCCUUAGCCUUGAGCCUGGAACUGCCGACAUAUUUAGUGCAAGAUGCAGGGAGAACCCAGGUUCCAGCUGGGUCGCACACAGUCCUGGCCAUUAUGGGAGAAGAAGAGAUGGUGAACCAAGUGACUGGGCAGCUCAAACUGCUGAACUGAGGAGUGCUUUGGAACGUGGCUCUGGCAGCUUGACAACAUGGGAGUUCCCGGGCAAGCCAUUGUGUGUAUGUGUGUGUGUUUCAGGGAACAAGGAAGCUCCUGCCGCCAGCAACUCAAGGCCCAUCUGGGCAGCAUGGAGAAACCAAAAGGGGCAGUGCUCCUUUGUAUGGGGAGCCCUCUUUUUAGAAGGCAGAGGCUGUACAGUUCGACUGCAGUGGGAUUUCUAGGGAACACGGAGCAGCUUCAUAAGAGGAUGGAUCUGCAUUUCCAUUAUUACUCUAGAAACCAGGAGAAAUUCCGUGCAGGUGUUGCCUGGGGUUUGUUUGUUUGUUUGUUUUUUUGCACUGUGGCAAAGCCAUAAAAGGCCCAUCUAGUGUUAACACCUCCUGGCAGGAGGCGGUCAUGUACUAAAGCAUCCCCAACAUGUGUCUAUCUUGUCUCGUGGCAGUGUGGGUGAAGGACUAGACUGACGAUGCAGCAGCCCUUCCAGGCAGCUUGCUGCUGCUGAAUUGCUCCUGGCUGCUUAAGAAAAUAUAAUUUUCCUGGUGUUUGGUCAAAAGUCUACCUUGUAGUAGUUGGGGAACCCCUAUAUCUUACCCUGCCUCUCCUUGUGGAUUGUCUCCUUUCUCAUGUUAGCCUUUCCAAAUAGCUUUAAACUGUUGUUUUUUAAUUGUAGUACAGUACUAGUACCAUAUUCUCAUCUCUCCAGUCAGUGCAUAGAACAGUGAAUUGCUGUACUGGGAAAGUCAAGAAUAAGUUACUGUUGAGUAGAACCUGGGAGGGUUGAAAGCAGAGGUAGACAACUUGUGUCCCCCCAGAUGGGGUUGGACUGAAACUCCCAUCAUCCCACCAAUGGUGAGGGAUAAUGAGUAGUAUAGAUGAAAAUCUGGAGUGCCACAUUGCCAAUUCCUCUCUUGAAGCAAUAGGAAGAGCAGGGCAGGCUACAGUGAAGAAAUUGCUAUAGAAAACACAACUUUGCUGAUGUCUCUUGAAACAAGUCUUCCAUCCUCCUCCUUGCUUAUUCAAAACACAAUUUGAAUGCUUACAUUGUGAUGGGGCAAGAAUAUUCAGUUCUAAAAUGCCCUUUAGGAGAAUUCACAGAACAAGAAAGAGGGCUAGAACAGUUUGCCUAUGACCGCUAUUUCAUAUUUACAAGUGAGCACAUGUUUCAUGUCACACUUUGCCCCAGUGAUGGCAUGGUGAGAUUGCACAAGUGCCAUUUUGAAUGCAGAUAAAAUGCAGAAAACAUUAAGCAAUCUGAAUAAUUUUAUUCAGACAGGAUGAUGGGAAAGCUGUUUCCCUGCAACUAUUGACAGACUGCAUGCUUGUCAGCUUCAACCCUGCAUAGCCAGUGACCAGGAACUGUGAGAGUUCACAUCCCAAAGCAGCUGGAGGGUCUUUGCAUGCCCCUAUAGUAGAAUAUUGUUCCCCCCUUUAAAAAUAAUAUAUAUUGAGAGCAAGACAACCUUACUUAUAUACUAGGCUAGAUGUCAAUCUGGCUUUCUUGCUGUUGUUUUUUUUUUGUCUACUAAACUCAUGGCCAUUGCUAUUUCAAGAAGUCACUUUUAAUACCAGUCUCUCUAUAUAUAGUGCUUUAUUUUCUCUGUGUUUGCUCAUUUUACCUGUAGUUGUUGCUAAAGCAUCCAAAGAGAGGCAUUUUAGACUUUUUGUAUAGUUGAAGUGGAGGAAUAAGUUGUCAUUUUGCAGGGGAGCCUAUGGCUGUGUGGUUCACUCUAGUUUUUGAAAAAUCUCAACUUGAGCCAUGCUGGGUGUAGGUGAUGGAGGUGAUAGCUUAGAACAUCUGAGCUGGAGUACUUUGCAUAGAGCCAGGUUACUAGAAAUCAUUGCUUUGGCCUUGGCUGUCUGGCUGAGAGUUGCUUGGAUGUGAAGAUAGCAAGUGAUUGAGAUUAUGGUCUUCAACUGUAUUUGGUAGGCCUUCUGCACCUUUUAACCGCCUGCCUGACAACCAGCAAAUUAUUAUCUGCAGGUUUCUUAGCAUGUCAAUGAGGCAAGUAUAGCUUUGCAUCUUACCUUUUAAUGUUAAUGGAAGUAUUGAAAAAUAUAACUAGCACUAAUCUUGGCAACACUCCUUGUCCUGUUUUAUGAUUUUAAACAGAGCCUUUGUGUAACUUUUGUUGGGGCUGUUUACCAUUCAGACUGGCAGCUACAUGGAAAUCUAUGUAGUUUAUUGCAAAAGUGGCAUGGCAAAUAACAGAAUGGAUUUAAGACAAAACCCAUUCUGAAAGUAGAUUAUUCUGUUAAUAAUAAUUUUGUUUAUUAUCUGUCUCUCCCUGUGGCUUGCGGUGGGGUAGAACACAGUUAAAAGACCCAGAUAAAACACAAUGCCAUAAAAUACAUAUAUUAAAAUACAUAGUACAAAGUUUUAAAAUGCAAUGCUAAUAGGAUGCAAAUUUUAAAAACAUGGUUUUAAAACUGAGUAUGUUAGUAUCCAAUAGUGCCCCAUACAUGGGCCGUAGAGUGGAAAGAACAUUCAAACUUUGUUUUUGCAACAGUAAACAUUUAGAAGCCUUUUAGAUUGGAGACAUUUGAUGAAAGGCUUAGGUGCAAAUCACAGAUUUUUUCAAUCUUGGAGCUCCUCACUGCUGCAGUGCAAGCAAAAGCUGUGUUUCUCAUCAAAACGUACCCGGUAAAAGAUGGACUACUGCUAUGACUGAGCCACAUAAUCUGGCACUCUUUAACAGGUCACAGUGUGUUAUGGGCAGGAUGUUUACUAUCCAAUAAAACUUCAUCCCAUAACCUGGGCCACCAGUUUCACUGAGAUGGGAUAAUGCGAGUUGUUCAAAGGUGUUGGAGUUGGUUUGUCUCUAACCUACAGGUAGGCACUAUAUGGCCCUCAAUACUUGUUGUGCUUGGGAGUUAUAGUUAACAAUACAUGGAGAGCUUCACUGUUCCCACCCCUGCUUUAGCCCCCACAUUUUUGCCCAGUGUUUCCUAAGAGGAUGACAGGAAUUACUGGCACAAUCCCCUAUGGCAGACAGACACAGUAGACAAAAGGCUUCAACUAGGUUAACAGCUUCUUGGAAUAAAAAGCAACACCAUGUUUACAAGCUGAGUCAUAAACCCCCUGAUGCUGUGAAGUGACUGAUAAUGCAAGGCCCCGCUGUGGGUGUACAAUUUACCAAGUUUUAUGUAGCAGCAAAGUAAAGAAACAAAUUGCUUUGGGUCUUUUGAGCUGGUGAAUCCUAGUGCUUCCAACUCUUACGUGCUCCUUUGUGCUCUGUUAUCAAGAAUUAAGAGUUUAUUAAAAUGGAAGCAAGCUGGCAAGUAGAAGAGGGUAAGAUUUGCACAAAUGAGUGUGGAAAGAGUAACAACUUUUAAGACUUCAAGUUAGAAUUUUAAGUAUUUGGAUUGUUCUUGUCGAAGGGCUCUUCCACACAGCCAUAUAACCCAGAAUAUCAAGGCAGAAUAACCCACAAUAUCUGCCUUGAACUGGGUUAUGUGAGUGUACAUUACCAGUCCAAAGCAGAUAUUGUGAGAUUUUAUUUAGCUGCGUGGAAGGGGCCUAAGAUCCUAUUUCUGAUGCAAGUGCCACCAAUACGUUGGCACCAAGGCCCUUCUAGUGACAAUAGGCUUUUCCUAUGCAGUAUAGGAUUUCAGCUUAUAUGCAGGGGUAGGAAUCUUAUUUCCCACCACAUGCUGCUGGACUGCAACUCCUAGCAUCCUUUGCCACUGGUGAAGAGCACUGGGAGUUGCAAUUUAUAGCUGGACAAAAAAACCCCCCAAUUUUAGCUCUGUAUUAAUGUAGUGAUUAUGAUUUGCCUUCUCUGGCCACUUUUUUGUUGCUGUAGCAGAGGUUCAGUUUGCCACGGAUUCCUUUUCCUGCUCCUCUGCAUUUGAUAUCUCAUUGGUAUGAAACAGGGAGUGUUGUUGUUCCCUGCCCCUCUUUUGGCAAUGAAUUGAGAACUUGAUUAAUUAGUCUGAAUUUGAUGAUUGCUAGGGAAGGUGAUGCAUUAAUUAGUUUUUUAUUGGAUGUUGUUCCUGCAGCUUCAGUUCUCUGAUACAAAGGGAAAUUGCAGAACCUGGAAAAGUUACUUUGUUGUCAGUUGGGCACUGUAGCCCAGGCAUGGGCAAACUUUGGCCCUCCGGGUGUUUUGGAUUCCAACUCCCACAAUUCCUAACACCCUCAGGCCCCUUCCUUUACCUUUUCCACUUAAGCGGCUGAAGGGGAAAAGGAAGAGGCCUGAGUCUAUCAGGAAUUGUGGGAGUUGGAGUUCAAAACACCUGGAGGGCCCAAGUUUGCCCAUGCCUGCUGUAGUCCAAAAGUAACUCCUCUUAAGUUCUGGUAAGGUGAAAAGAUGGGUGGCGUUAGACUUUGUGUCAGUGCAGGGUGAAUGUGAGAUAAGGGAUUGUAUGUUCUCUAAAGGUUUGCUGGACAUUUCUUGCCAAAAACGUUGAUAUGAUCCUUGAGUUUGAAUCCAAUACUGGGGAAGAAACCCAAUACUAAAUAUGUUUAACUGGAUCUGUUCACGUUCUUUGUCCUUGCCUCUCCUUCUUGUAUACCUUUUACCUGUUGUUUGUCACACUGUCUCAAUUUUAAUGGCAGCUUCAUUUGGGGGGGGGGGCAUGGAACUGUAUUUUCUUUUCUUACUGAACUCUGUAAGAGGUCCUUGUACAUGAAGAGUGCUGUAAAAAUAAUUAAAAUGUAUUCAAUCUCUCA